UUCAAUUCAUUCGUUGUUGGUACGAGCGGCGCGCGAACGAACAUCAUAUAUUGUAUUUUCCGCAUUCGCAUUGAUACGAUACCAUACUGUGUGCUGUGUACUGUGUACUGUAUAGCAUAUAUACCAUACCACACCAACAAAACACAAGCGAUACGAUACGAUACAAUAAAGUCAGCGUAUGCAGCGCUGUUUGUUUAUUUUUUACAAGCUAAAAACAAACGACAAAACAAAUCCGCAAAGCCGCCCGCGUUCCGCGUUUUGCCAACUAAAAAACAAAUAAAAUCAAACAACAAAAAAGCCAAAAAGGCCUAGACGCAAAUACAAAAGAAGUACAAAAAAAAACGUGCAUUGUGAAUUUUUUAGUUUUUCAAAGUUUUGGCUUGUGCUGUGUUCCUUUUUUCCUGCAAACGUGCAUCGUACAUACAUUCGCAUUCGUAUCCGUACAUACAUACGUGCAAUAAUCAAUACAAUACGACGUACAACAAACUGCGUAGAACAGUAUUAAAAAAAAAGGAAACAGAAAAAAAAUCUGGCUUAAGACUCGACUCCAAUUUGCGUUGGUGACUAAAAGUGAAGGAUAUAUUACGGAAAACCCAUUAUAAGGCCAAUCCACGAUUAAAACAUUCGGACUAGAUCCGAAAUCUCACAGUUAUGGAACACUUUCAUCAAAUACAGCAAACAAUUCAACACUAUCAGCAGCAAUUGGCUGCUCAGCAACAACAACAAGUACAACAGCAACAGUUGCAACAACACCAGGUGGUGGUGCAGCAGAAUCAACAGCAGGCGCACCAGAACAGCUCCAAUACCACAGCCGGCGUGGGCACCCAACAGCUGUUCACAUACAAAAUGGCCAGCAGUUUUCCGAAUCCGGCCACGACGAUGGCCCAGGUGGUGGCCACAUCGAACGCAGCCGGCACCACGGGCUAUGACUAUCGUCUAAAUAUGGCACAGGCAGCCGCUGCAGCAGCCGUACCCGGCUCCCAGUGGUGGUAUUCGGCCGCCAAUCAGGGCCAGGUCGAUGCCAAUACAGCGGCGCAACUGCAGCACCAGCAGCAGCAACAGCAGCAGCAACAACAACAGCAGCAGCAACAGCACCAGCAGCAACAACAGAUGCAACAGCAGCAGCAGCAACAAAAUGUCAUCAAUUCGGCGAGCCCCAUGAUCAGAGGAGGCAAGGCCGAUGCCAAGCCCAGAGGCCGAAUGACCGCCUACGCAUACUUUGUACAAACUUGCAGAGAGGAGCACAAAAAGAAGCAUCCCGAUGAGACGGUGAUAUUCGCCGAAUUCUCACGGAAGUGUGCCGAAAGGUGGAAGACAAUGGUGGACAAGGAGAAGAAGCGCUUCCACGAAAUGGCCGAGAAGGACAAGCAGCGAUACGAGGCGGAAAUGCAGAACUAUGUGCCGCCCAAGGGAGCGGUCGUGGGACGUGGCAAGAAGAGGAAACAAAUCAAGGACCCCAAUGCUCCAAAACGUUCAUUGUCUGCGUUCUUCUGGUUCUGCAAUGACGAGAGAAAUAAGGUGAAGGCACUUAAUCCCGAGUUCGGAGUGGGCGACAUUGCCAAAGAGCUGGGACGAAAGUGGUCCGAUGUGGAUCCCGAGGUCAAACAGAAGUACGAGUCGAUGGCCGAGCGGGACAAGGCUCGAUAUGAACGCGAGAUGACCGAGUACAAGACAAGCGGGAAAAUCGCCAUGUCCGCACCGUCGAUGCAGGCGUCGAUGCAGGCGCAGGCACAGAAAGCUGCGUUACUUGCCGCCGCUGCCCAGCAGCAACACCAGCAGCUGGAAGAGCAGCACGACGAUGACGACGGCGAUGGAGAUGAUGACGAGAACCAAUAGGUUUAGCAGUAAAUACUCUUCACUAUUUAUACACACGAUCGUUGUCGCGAUGGAGGAACAAACAUGAUAACGUUGGUCGAUCUAUUAUCAGGUUGGCCAAUGUGUGUUGAAUAUAUAUUUAUAUAUAUAAGGGUGUGCCCUUUUAGAGGUUUCGCUUUCCGGUGACAGAACACUGUCACAAUUUGUUCAGGAUCAUCUGGCAAAGCUAUUAUCAAUCGUGUUUUGAUUAAAGACAGGCUAACAAUCAUGGUGGAAAGGUUCCUUUUUUUUUUGUUUUGUUUAAUUUUUAAGCAUCAAGAAUGUGCAUAGAGCUCUUGUGAAUCUCUUUCCUUUUUUUUUCCAUUUGUAGCACCCCCGAAUGAGCGGUGUAAGUCUCUUUCAGAAAUAUUAGAAAUAUAGAACCAAUGUCCAACUAAAAAUCCAACUAUCACAGAAAUCUCUCGAACUUUCAGAGAAGGUUUUCAUAGUUGACCGAAGAGGAGACCAUUGUUCCUAGUGUAUUUCGAAAUCUCGUGAGAUUCUGUGAAAUUUAAGGAUUUUUCAAGCGAUUUCCAUGCCAGGCGUGGGCAAAAUGUCUGCAGAAGAUUUCUGUGAUUGGCAAACCAAAGCACAAAUUGUUUUGUUUCAUUUUUCUGUGACAAUUUGAUGGUUAUCGGGAAGUGGAAUCUCUAAAGAAAGCACCUAUUAUAUAUAUGUAAAUGCAUAUAUAUAAAUAAUAUAUAAUUUUUUUUUUUAACAUAAGUAAUCAAAUUUCCAUGAAUUAUGAAGAUAAAUCACAAAGAAACCUUUUAUAAGUUCUAUGUUAAGAUGAUUAAGAUGAAUACGAUUAAGUAUGGUUAGAUUAAAAUGACACUCAUCUGUCUGCAAACCUUAUUUGUGCUUCAGUGCUAAGUUUCUCCUAAAGUAAUAAGAAGAAUUAUUUUAUAAAUUGAAGAAAUUCAUCAUGAUGUCAUUCGUUCUCAGCAACUAUGAAGGUUACCACUACAUUUAUAAAUAUUGGUACAUAUUUCCCAUUUAUUAAAGUUAGAUUCACCAUAAUGAAACUAUAAUUAAUGCGUUCGAGUUUAUAUGUUUCCCACACGAAACAAACUCAAUGAAACGUGAUAAUGUGAAAUACUUAACUCAGUGGCGGGUGAUAUCUCGAUCUAUUUAUUUUUGCCGCUCUCACAACAUUUAUAUCCUCCAAAUUCCAUUUCAUUCAACACAUGUUUACUUAGUUCAUUUACCAGUUUACCAGUUUAGUUUGCGAUUCGUGAAUCAAAAGAUCCUUGGAGAUAAUUGGGUUUGUCCUCAUUUGUAAAUAGAUACACAUCAACUAUAAUAGCCACGAUCAUAAGAUACGGAAUGUUGGUCUUCGGUUGUUCGGCGAUUCGAGAGAAGGAACAAUCAAAACGAUAUCGGACAUUGCAACAAUUGUUGUUGACUUGGCCAUGUACAUACUAUUUGAAGUAUUAUUUAGAUGAGACUACGUAGAAAUUAACGAGAAUCGAGAGCAAAUUACAACAUACAACCCUAAUAUUAGAGUAGAUUUCAGCGGGACUGCAAAGUAAUGUAAAAACUAGUUUUUGCGUCGGCCUUAAAAACGCCCAAAUGUUCCAGGCACAGAAACAAAUCAGAAACAAAAACAGAAACAGAAAAAGAAACAGAAUGAGAAUGAUAAUGAGAAAGUGUUUAUGCAGAUGUAAAGGGAGACGUUCCUCCGGCCUUUGAUAGAUGGGUAUGCAUGGAUAGAGAUCACCACCCGUUGGCCAAAACGGUUGGAAGGAUGUUUUCCUUUAGAUCGCCUGUAUAAGCCAAGUAGUGGUUAGAUUAUAACGUGAUAAGAGAGGAGCUGAAACUAUUACCAUGGAUGCGUCGAUGGUCAGUUAACCAGGACGCCUCUAGCUGUACGCCUAACUUCGCUCUCGCCACGUUAUGAGUGCGAGAUAUGCGUGUAUAUGCAUGUAAUUAUAUAUAUAUAUAUAUAAAUAAACAUAUAUAUUUUUUAGCAUGAUUUUGAUAGAGAAUAACUCGCCACCGAGAUUAUAUUCAUAGAAGUGUGUCUAGGUUAAACCUUUAAUUCCUAAUUUUCUACAAUUUGACGGUAAUCCAUCCCCUACAUAAUAAAUUACUAUGAAAAUUCCAGUUCCCUGUGCGCUUUGUUAUUAAGAACUAAACUAUUAUAAAAUAAACUUUUAGAAAUGAGAUUCCUUUUUUUUUUGUUCUUAAGAUGGAAUGAUGAUGUUUUCUUCAGAACCAUUUGUCUUUAUCUUUAUUUUUAAUUAAUGCUUGGUAUACGUAAUAGAUGAAGAAGAACUUUUAUGUUAAAAAUCCCAAUAAUGAACAGCUUUAGCUUUUAUAUUUGAUAGACACAACACUCGGUUGGAACCACGACCGAGUUCCUAAACUUAAAAUGUGUGAAUUACAUUAGCAAUACUAUAGUAGCCACUAAGUAUUUGUUUUUUUUCCUAAGAAUUUACACAAUACUGUAAAAAUAGUUUGAAAUAAAUUUAAUUUAGCUAGA